CAGCACAAACUUACAUGUGUUAUAAAAAGUAGAGAUGACAUGUGGAUAAUUUGUGGUUAAGUACUCUUAUUUACAACUACGAAUUGAUAAAACUAAGUUUAAAAUGAGCGAUAGUGAAACUGAAGAAACUAAACUAACGGGCCCAAUUGAAAACGCUUGGGAACUUAAAGUCCCCGAAUUUAAGAAAGAAGAUAAUCCUCAUUCUCUACUUGAAGAAAGUUCUUUUGCAACAUUAUUUCCACGAUAUCGUGAACAAUAUUUAAAAGAACAUUGGUCUUUAGUGGUGAAAGCACUAAGUGAACAUGGAAUUAGAGCCGAAUUAGAUUUAAUCGAAGGUAGUAUGACUGUUCGAACUACACGUAAAACAUGGGAUCCUUAUAUUAUAUUAAAAGCUCGUGAUAUGAUUAAGUUAAUGUCACGAAGUGUACCUUUCCAACAAGCUGUACGUGUUUUACAAGAUGAAAACGGAGCAGAUAUUAUUAAAAUUGGUUCACUUGUUCGAAAUAAAGAGAAAUUUGUGAAAAGGCGACAAAGAUUAAUAGGUCCAAACGGUUGUACUCUUAAAUCGAUUGAAAUUAUUACGAAUUGUUAUGUAUUGGUACAAGGUCAAACUGUUGCUGCUUUAGGCCCUUAUCGUGGGCUACAACAAGUUCGAAAAAUUGUAGAAGAUACAAUGAAAAAUAUUCACCCUAUUUAUAAUAUAAAAGCGUUGAUGAUUAAACGUGAAUUAGCAAAAAAUCCGAAAUUAAAAAAUGAAGAUUGGUCUAGAUUUUUGCCAACAUUUACGAAUAAAAAUAUUAGUAAACGUAAACAACCGAAGAAUAAGAAGGUUAAGAAAGAUUACACACCGUUCCCACCAGCACAAACUGAAAGAAAGAUUGACAAAGAGUUGGCAACUGGAGAAUACUUCCUUAGUAAAGAGCAAAAGCGUGCCAAACAACAGAAAAUACAAGAAGAGAAACAUGCUGAAGCAGCGAAACAACGUGAAGAACGACGUGCUAAAGCAUUUAAUCCACCAGAAGAAAUUAAAACGACGAAUGCUAAACCUUCAACUAGUAAUGAUAAAUUUGAUAUUAAUGCGUUUAAAGAGAAAGUGAAAAACUCACAAAAGAAAAAGAGAAAAUUAGAUAAUAAAUAA